ACAAUAUGUAUUCACAUUGCGAUGGAUGAUGGAAGGUGAUAUAUAAAAAGGAAAAAGGCCCAUAGAACUCUUGUAAGCCCACAAAGACAGAGAUCGAGGGUCCAGAACCUUCUUGGGAGCCAGUCAGAGGUUUAUGAUGUCCAGAGGAGAAGAAUCUCUCUCUAGUAAAUUAAAAUUGAAAGCAAAAGAACAGAAUCUACAAGCGUCCGACGAGAAAAUUCCGAUGAGUAGUCAGUUUAUGGAUAAACAGAUAAUGGAUCCUCCCUCUUUAUCCCCUCCACCUUCCACUGAUUUCACCCAUCUCAUCAACAAUCAGGACCACUACGAUCACCAGAAGCAUCUGCUCGGCGAUACCGGAGGAUUCGACUCCAACAUCAUCGUUCCUAGCUAUGAUUUCCUGCCCAUUCGUCCUUCCUCCGCCGCUCCAUUGUCUCACUCUGCGUUAGAUCUCGCCGCCGGAUCUACCGCUACUACUGAGUCUAGGGUUUAUUCGUCCGCCUCUGAUUUUAAACCUAUUUCCACUUUGCCUAACAACACGGGUUUUGGAUCUCUCGACUCUAUUGAACCUUCAAAGCUUGUUCCUGACAAGGGUCACCACCAUAUGUCUAACACCACCAUUUUAUCUGAGAUUGAUAGGACUAUGAAGAAGCAUACAGAUACCUUGCUUCAUGUAAUGGAAGCUGUCAAUGCACGUCUAACUCAGCUUGAGACCAGAACCCAAUAUCUCGAAAACCUGGUCGAUGAUCUCAAAGUUUCUCUUGACAACACUCACGGCACCACUGAUGGCAAAUUCAGACAGCUUAAAAAUAUCCUUUUAGAGGUGCAGAGUGGUGUGCAACUAUUGAAGGAUAAACAAGAAAUGGUCGAAGCUCAGCCUCAGCUUUCAAAGCAUCAUUUAUCCAAAGUUGAUCCCAAUGGUCAAUCGCCCUCACCAGUCCCUGUGAAGCAAAUACCGCAGUUUCCUCUUACUUCCUUCCAACAAUCACCAUCUUCCGCUGCUGCUCCUUCCCAGCCACCUUCCUCUCAACUACUUGCUCAGCUACCUACUAAGUUUUCUCCUCAACAAGAGCCCUAUUGCCCUCCGCCUAUUCAUUCCCAACUACCCCCGCCAAACCAGCCUCCUUACCAACCACCUUACCAGUCACAGUACCCUCCACAGCCACCGCCAUCAUUAGGCUACAACCUCGAGGAACAACCGUCACAUCCAAUGCAGUCUUACCCACCAAACCGUCCUGGUUCUGCCCCUUCUCAGCACUUGUACAACCCUCCCCAACCACAGCCAUCAAUGUACGAUGGAGCAGGUGAUAGAUCUCAUUCAGGUUUUCCUUCUGGCUACUCGUCUGAACCUUACCCAUUCACUGGUUCACCAGUGGCAUCAGCGAAACCGCCACAUAUAAGUAACAGUGGAACUGGUUACCCACAGCUCUCAAAUCCACGUCCAUUGCCAAUGGCUUCAGCCGUCAGCAGCAGCAGCGGUUCUAGUUCCACGAGAUCCGAAAGCAGAGUCCCAAUCGAUGAUGUAAUCGACAGGGUGACAACCAUGGGAUUUCCAAGGGACCAAGUUGGAGCAACAGUGAAAAAACUGACUGAAAACGGCCAGGCUGUUGACCUCAACGUGGUUCUGGAUAAGUUGAUGAACGAAGGAGGAGCUCCACCUGGAGGUUGGUCUGGUGGUCGGUAGCCAUCGGUUUAGCUGACUCUGUACAGAGAACUAUAUACCAAUUAUCGAUUUUCGGAUCACCCUAGUGACCAACCAAAUAUCGAGCUUGUAACCCAUUGUGAAGAGAAUGUCAGUUACUCUGUGUUUGAAGCUUUGAUACAAUACUUUUUUUGUUUCUUUUCUUGUAUAUGACCAUUCUGUAAAUAAAAUGAGCUACCAGUCAAAUCUAUUACCGAUGGAAGAAAGUACUCAUCAAUAAAUAAACAAAGAACUGAUUGAAAAUAUAGAAGCAAAACGUCUCGGACAUUAUUGUUACAGAUAAAAAAAA